CGAGACCUUGUCGCUCCCUGGGUCAAACAUGGAAAAGUCAGUUCAGUCGUUUCCUGAAGACCGUAAUAUGUCACAUUCUGCUCCUUCAUUUCAAGGACCUUUCUCGUUGUGUAUUAGCCUGCAAAACCUUCUGGCAUGUAGCCCAGAAUUUCGCCGACAUCCAAUGCCUACUCGAGCUUUAUGCCCAAGGCUUCACGGAGACUCCUACGGUGGACUGGGUCGACGUUUCCAGCAAGAUGUAUCCACUCAAGAGAUUGGCGUCCAUGUGGCGGUCUGACUUUCAUUUGAACCCCGUUUUUGAAGAAACAGUGGCUGUUGAUAUUGUCAGCCCGUACACUCCUGCCUUGCAAUCCAUGAAGCGUGGGCUUUGGUGGAUGUACGCUAACUAUAAACUCCUUAUUCGGGGGUGUGACGCAAACACCAAACCAAACCACACGUGGCCGGAGCAGAUCCUCGUCUGGCCGGAAUUCUUCUUCCCCCCGAGGUUAUUUGUCAUCGAUCCUCUUCAGGACCUUGCAGUUUCAGUGUCGUACGGCAACAGGCAAGAUCGUUGCGUCUUUUCGAUGGAAUUUCGCAUGGCUUCAUCGCAACGUUCGCACCCAAAAUCUGCAUGCAUUUAUUUUGAAUGCAAUCAUCCUUAUGAUAUGGUACGCGGCCAUCAUUAUCAAUUUGUGGGUCGGCCUGCGAUCUGUGGGGAUCGUGUAGUGGUACUCUAUUACACGUACGACAUGAAUUUACGAGGACCAGCGUCGAACAUCUUCAUACAAGUGAUAGAUUGGAGAAAAGGAUAUGCGAAGGGUUAUCCCUUAUACGAAUUGGGUGGGGCCAUGGCGAGUUUCCAUUUACUUGACGAACAGAGGAUCAUUGUCAUCGGUUCGGAAUACCGUAUGGCUUUGUACACAUUAGAACUCGACGGUCCGCUUCAGCGCCGAAUUGCAUAUCUCCUUCCGAAAGUGCAACAAAGUCUUCAAUUCACUCCGGGACCACUGGCACCGCUCUAUACUAUUCAUACAACCCCAUCGUUUCACGGGAAAGUGGUUCACCCAGACCUUAUGCCCGAUUAUGUGACAUCUCUGGAGUCACAAAUCAUGGUUUUGGAGGCGUGGUCGGUGAUUCUAGUCGUCGAUAUGGCCAUUUUCGCAACAAAGGCCACUCAGUCAGAGAUACCUGUCGAGAUCCCCUGGUCGGAGUGGGGAUUCAAGUAUGCACGCUGCUUUCCGCAUCAUCCAAGUCACCGGAUCAGCGUGUUCGGCAGCAAAAUGGCAUAUGCUCUGCCUCAGGAUCAUGCUCCUGAACCUGGACAAAGCCUGGAAGAACUCCCCGCAGAGGGUUACUUCUAUGUACACAUAUCUGGGACUUUAAUAGAGCCAUUGCUCACUCGAAAUAUUCGAAUAAUGUCUAUGAUUGCGAUUCAUCAGGUCGGCUCAUCCGCAGGCCUCAGCAGCCGGCUCGGACGUGGUUCAAACAAAGCAAUGUAAACAUUACCACGAAUUAUCCUUACACUGCUGCUGUCUGCCCCACGGGUUUCCCGGCGCGUGACUUUGACCGAUGUUUUUUGGACCAGGAUCGACUUACUUUGAUAUGGGCUCGCCCUGGCUUCGUCCAGAUCCAGACCGUUUCUCCCUCACCGAUAAUCCCAACUACCGAAGUUGGACAGGCCCGAGUAGCUCACAGUCUGGAGCUGCAGCAGACAGAGCA